AUGGUCCCAGACUCUCAUUACUCCCUCAUGUUUCUUCUAUCUCUAACUCUCAUACUCCAAUCCUCAUCAUCCCCGCUGACCCAAAUUGCAAUUGAUCCAAUUCACAAAGUGUGCAGCCAAACAGCCUACGAUGAAUUCUGCGUCGCUUGUCUCGAAUCAGAUCCCCGAAGCUUAACCGGAGAUCUGAAUGUCUUCGCCGAUAUCCUGAUUGGCCUCACAUUAUCAAAUGUUACAAAUACAUGUCCAUACAUAUCUAAGCUCUGUAACAAAACCCCCGAGCCUAUACUGAAGAAUUGCCUCAAUCUAUGUUUGUUCAUGUAUGAAGAAGCUGUCUAUGACCUCCAAGGUGCGCUCACCUCUCUCGUUGCAACGGACUACUUCGAGCUGCUUAGUGACAUGGCCAGCACACUCACUGCUGCAGUGACAUGUGAUGACUGUCUCACUGCACCACCAGUCCGUAAAUCGCCAUUGACACAACAGACUUCGUUCUUGAUACGGCUAUCCAGUAUCACUUUGGUGAUCGGCGAUAUGCUCGCAAGUUCUUCAUAG